UGGAUUUAGGACCCCGACUGAGGGACUGGGGAGGUCACAUGGUCCAAACUCAAACGGGUUAAAGGGGAGUCCUUUUGUUUCAUUUGAGAAGGGACAUUAAAUAAAGCGGAGUGCUGGAUAAUAUUGGGACCAUUCCUUGAAGGAAUUAUUUACACAGUUGGCAGCAAAAGAGCUAUAAAUUAAUUGUAGAUUCACCAUGCAUCCACCCAGGAGCUACAAUGUUGGAGGACAGCGCAGCUAACAGGCAAGCCCGCAGGCGCCCGGCCAGACUACAGGGGUCACUGGUGCGUGGUGAGCUGAGGACACCCUGACCCACCUAAGCCCUUUUUCCUGCUGACGACAAAAAUGAUUCUUCUUACAGCUGGUGCUGAGAGCCCCCCUACAGCAGUGACACCAUGAGUUGGAGCUUCUUGACACGGUUGCUGGAAGAGAUUCACAACCAUUCAACCUUUGUGGGGAAGAUCUGGUUUACCAUCCUUAUCAUCUUCCGCAUCGUGCUGACCGCCGUCGGAGGGGAGUCCAUCUACUAUGAUGAACAGAGCAAGUUUGUCUGCAAUACACAGCAGCCUGGUUGCGAGAAUGUCUGCUAUGAUGCAUUUGCUCCCCUCUCCCACGUGCGUUUCUGGAUCUUCCAGGUAAUCUUGAUCUGUACACCCUCUGUCAUGUACCUGGGCUUUGCCAUGCAUAAGAUUGCGAGGAGUGCUGAUGAGGACUAUAAUCCGAGGCGCAAGAAAAGGAUGCCAUUGAUCCAGAGAGGGGAAAGCAGGGAUUAUGAGGAAGCCGAGGAUAACGGUGAAGAAGAUCCCAUGAUCUUUGAGGACGUUGAGCUGGAAAAAGAGGAAAAAGUGGAGAACCAGAAGCAGCAUGAUGGGAGACGGAGAAUCAAGCAGGAUGGGCUGAUGAAGAUGUAUGUUCUGCAGCUGCUGACUCGCUCAAUCUUUGAGGUGGCCUUCCUCUUCGGCCAGUAUAUCCUAUAUGGCUUUGAGGUGAUGCCUUCCUACGUCUGUAGCCGUAGCCCGUGUCCCCACACUGUGGAUUGCUUUGUCUCAAGACCAACAGAAAAGACCAUCUUCCUUCUCAUCAUGUAUGUGGUGAGUGCUCUUUGUCUUUUCAUAGAUUUCCUUGAAAUGUUUCACCUGGGCAUUGGUGGCAUUCAGGAUUUCCUCGGCAAGAAACCCAAGAAGCCAGCGAUUAGCAUGGAUACAAAGUCUCCAAUUUCUAGGCGCCGGUCUUCGGCUCCACCAGGCUACCACACGGCUCUCAAGAAAGACACCAAGGGCAAGAUGCCAAAUGGUGUGAAGCAAGGAUACAGGGAUAACCUGACUGAGACUGGCAGGGACUCCUUCAGGGAUGAGCCUUCCUCCAGGGAGUUGGAGAGGCUACGACGGCACCUGAAGAUGGCCCAAGAGCACCUCGACCUGGCUUUCCAGAUGGACACCAUCAGCCCAUCACGCAGCAGCAGCCCAGAGUCCAACAGCACUGCAGCUGAGCAGAACCGACUGAACUUUGUGCAGGAGAAGGAGAGAGGUGCUUGCGGAAAAGGAGGAAUUGGAGCCUGAUCUGUCCAAACUGGAAUCUGCAUGCGGGCAUUGCUGCAUGCAGUCAUUGGAACCGACCUACGGAAACUCAGAAUUACAAACUGGAAUUACAAUGAUUAGAAUUGACAAAUGAACUUUUUCCAUAUGCAGACUUGUUUGUGGGGGUUGAAAUUGUAUUAGUCGGUGAUGCUUAGACCCCACUUGCGCACCUACGUUUUAUUUGUUAUUGGCCUGAUAAUUCAAGCUGGAAUUAGUGCUUCAACCGCUUUAUGCCAAAUUUCUUGUUCUGGCCUGUGAAGUUUUUGUGUCGGAUGUUCUCGUGAACACUGUUACAGGCCACAGGUUAUUUAAUAUCUUUUGUUUACAUUCCCAAGUCAUUCCAGAAAAAAUAAAAUAAUUGGCAUGCCAAUAA